AAAAAAUAGUCAAGUAAGGAAGGUGAGAUGAAUCCAGAAACACCCCACAUGCACUUCUUUCUCAUAUUCACAUUCUCAUCUCCUAUAUAUAGAUAAAUAUUACUAUCAGUUUUCAUACAAAAACAUCAACCUAUUUAAUUCUCUCUAUCUAGUUUUGAGUUCUGUAUAUCUUGACAUUGAUAUAUCCAUCUGUUUUUGGAUAUGGGCGUUAGAGAAGCUAAUGAUGGUGUACAUGAUAGAGACCAGAAAUUCCUAACGAAGGCAGUGGAAGAGGCUUAUAAAGGAGUUGAAAGUGGAGAUGGAGGCCCUUUUGGAGCUGUUGUUGUAUGCAAUGAUGAAGUGGUUGCAAGUUGUCACAACAUGGUUUUGAGAUGCACUGAUCCCACUGCUCAUGCUGAGGUUACUGCAAUUAGAGAGGCAUGUAAGAAACUGAAGAGGAUUGAGCUUUCUGAUUGUGAAAUAUAUGCAUCAUGUGAGCCUUGCCCCAUGUGUUUUGGUGCCAUCCACCUUUCAAGAGUUAAGAGGCUGGUUUAUGGAGCCAAGGCUGAAGCUGCAAUUGCCAUUGGGUUUGAUGAUUUCAUAGCAGAUGCAUUGAGGGGCACUGGGUUCUAUCAGAAGGCUCACUUGGACAUCAAGAAGGCAGAUGGCAAUGCAGCCAUCAUUGCUGAACAGGUGUUUGAGAAAACAAAGGCUCACUUCCAAAUGUAUUGAGUUUCAAGCUACUUUCUUUUAUUAGUUACAUGGAACUGGAACUGUAGUUCCUUGGUUAUGUUUGUUUAAGAUGUUGUAGUUACAGUCUGUUUUUAAAAGUUUGAAAUGUAUAUUAUUAUGUACUCCAUUAUGAUUCAAGAGUCAUGAUAAUGUAAGCUGUGCCUGUUUGUGA